UAACCUUAGUCGAGUCGUCAGUUGAUCUUCGGCUUCCACUUUGCGAAGUUUGGGCAUGGUGAAGUCUCAGCAGAUUUCGUCUCACAAAUUGUCUUCGAACAUACGUAAACACUGAAACAACCAAUCUAAAAUACAAUUGAACUUUACCACUUCGUACAUUUAUUUAUAAAGCUUAUUCGUACAAAUAAUAAGAAGUGCUCAACGAAGCUGCGAGAUGCGUAAAAUAGUAUUAUUAUUUGCUGUUGCGGCGGUGGUGGUUGCUUUCGGCGUCGUGCCAACAGCUGCGAAGAAGCAAAAAGAGGAUCGUGGUGGCUCGACGUCCACCGACGACAAUGGCAACAACGUCAGCGACACCAGGGCAGAGGUGGCCAACGAAUACGACAGCCAACGGUUUAACGUGAUGUACGCUGAGGACGAGUCCGUGGCGGCCACGCCCGAACCUGCGGCAACGACCAAAACGCCGACCAAGCAGUCUUCGAGCAAGCAGCACAACGCUAAACUGUUGAACAGGUUGGGCAUGAAGAGGGUACGGACUUCCAGUGGCAGUGCCAAUGACAACGGCAAUGCCAACCAUCACCGGAAACGAUUGGCCAGCCAGUCAAGGAGCAAAUACGCUGCGGACGGCAAAGGCGGUUCGGACUCACAAAUGUUCAUCGUUAAGUUGCCUCCACAUUCGCACUUUUACGACGACGGGUCGCCCGUCCACCAAAGGCUGGGCCAGCAGCAUAAGCAAGCGCCGUACAAGAACCUGAACACGGUGCCCGUAGGAUUCGUGUCCAACGGCAAACCUGCCAAGGUUUACCACUGGAACCUGCCGACCAUCAAGCACGCGCUCAGUGGCGGCCGUUACAAGGGCGUCAACGACUUGGUCGCGAUGCAGCAACAGCAGCAGCAGAUGCAACAGCAGAUGCACCAUUUGCAGCAGUACGCUCAGGCCGGCGACUUCGAACUGCCGUCGGCGUCCAGUUCCAAAAUCUUGCCACGACGCACGCUCUACUAUAAGCCGCGGGCGGCCGGAAAACCGGUGAAAAAGUCGUACGUCAACAACGGCAAGCCCAACGGAUUCUACGUGGUCAGCAGCAAGAACUCGGCCGCGGUAGUACCGCAGUACCAUAAGAUCAUCAAGGCGUACUACGGUAGCGGCGACGAUUAGUAGCCUGCAGCAGCAACUGUCGCCGACCACCCGUCGCCCAAGUCAUCGAUCCAUAAACGAGUUGGAGUGCGCACGCGGCCGUAACGAGUGUUCAUCAAGUUACGUACACUGGACCGUUUCAA